AUGGGAAGGCGACUACACACCACCCUUCCAACUACUCCAUCUAAACUAACACCGCAAUGGCCUGCGUUAAAGAAAUUGCGUGAAAAGGAAGCCAAGAUUAAGACCGAGCAAACAAAACAACCGACGACAUGCAGUUAAAGAGCUAAGUCAUCUGUCACCAGGCGAUCUUGCUUAUAUCCCUGAUCGUAAAGAGAACGCGGUAGUAGCCAAAACACAAUAGCCACGUUCCUAUUACCUCGACACUGACAGUAACGCAACUGUUAAAAGAAACAGACGGCAGCUCAAUCCAAAUCCUAAAGAAGCAAAGUACGCAGCAGGAAGCCCUUUACCCGAUCCUCCUGAAACUUCUAAGGAUCAGUGA